GCUUCUGUCAUCGAAUAAAAGCGACCACAUUUCACGUCAAAACACGCUAGGUGCAGUUAAUUGAACGAAAAAGUAAAUUGUAUUUUUCGCAAAUUUUAUCAAUUAAAAUCAGUUUCGCCACAGAGACGACAAAAUGUCAACACGGCCGACACAAGAAGUGCAACAAAUCGACUUGACUAAACUCAAUCUCCAGCAAUUGCAGCAGUUGAAAAAUGAAUUCGAAUCGGAAUUGAAUGUGUUCCAAGAUUCGCUACAAACCCUCAAGAUAGCCAAAACAAAGUUUGAUGGUUCGAAAGAGGCUCUGGAACAAAUAAAUGACACCUGGUCGGAUAAAGAGAUUUUGGUCCCGUUGACCGGUAGCAUGUACGUGAAGGGAGUCGUUAAUAAUAUCGAUAAAUUCAUUAUUGACAUUGGCACCGGUUACUACGUUGAAAAAGACAUCACCACAUCAAAAGACUACUUUAAACGGAAAGUGGACUAUGUACAGGAACAAAUGGACAAAAUUGAUACGCUCGGCCGACAAAAGUCCAAAGUAUUGAAUGCCGUCAUCGAUGUCAUCGAAAUGAAAGUUGCCGCCCUUCAAGCCGCUCAACAACAAGCUGCCGCCGCCAAAUAAUAACAUUUCACCUCGAAUCCAUCGCACACAGUUCUUUUAUUUUGUUCUCUCAAACAUUUUCUUAUUGUUUUUGAUCGAGCCUAAGCGAUUUUGUAACUUAGUAGUUUGUUACUCUAUUUACUUUACAAAUAAAAAAGGAAACAACAAAUAGAAACAAAUUAAUUACAAUUUGAUGAACACUCACAAUUAACUAAGCACUAGCGAUUUGUCUUUGUUCGGAACACAAUACGAAUGAAAAAAACGCAAAGCGGGAUUUAUUUAAUUCAUUUUGAAAUAAAAGAAAACACAUCUUUAAUAUUAAAAUCAGA